CAAAGGAGUCCAGCCGGAGGGCCCCUCCCAGAGGGCUCUGGAAGGCCACCCGGCCACCUGUGCCUCCACUCCACUAUAACAGACUGUUGGUGUUUGAGAGCCUUUCCUUGACCCUUGGCUCCUCCCUUUACAACUCCCAAGGGGUUUCCAGAACUUCCCUGAGAUGCUCAGCUGAGAGUUUCUUCAGUGCCUCCCUGAGCCCUGUUCUUCCGCAGUUGCGUUUUCUUCUUCUUUCCAAUCCUGCCCUCUCCAGGACGGAGAACAGCAGGCUCUUAUUUUUCCUAAGACUUUUCCCAGCUCAUGUUUCUCCAGACUGGUUCUCAGGCUUACUGCAGACACCAAGUUCUCCUACGGGUGCUUCCUCAUCCGGCAGGACUGGUUCGGGGAACUCCGAGAGUAACUGCAUCACGUUGGGUUUGGCCUAGCCCCAGCCCACCUUGCUCCAAGGCAGUUAGAGAGAGAGGAGCCUUCUUGCUCUAGUAGUAGAGAACCCCUUGGAGCCGCCCUUUUCAAGCUCCACCUUCCCUUCCUGGGCACCCAGCCCCUCCCAUGCUCCUCCCCUUCCCUUCCCUUCCUCCAGGGACACCAUGGCAACGCAAAAGCAAGGGCGGUUGUCAUGGAAACAGUCCUUUAAAAUUCCCUGAAUUUGGGGCACAGCCCUCCAGGGGUUGGGGCGGGGGAUGUUAGGGUCUGACUGACUAGUGGCACAUCCUCUGUUGUCUCGUCACUACUGUGCAUCUCUACAGAAGCUUCCUCAAGUCCUGAACCCCGCUCUCCUCGCAGCCUCAGAGAUCUAGGGACAGAUUCCCACUGUGUUUUUGAUGACUUUCCUGGAUGCCUUGGAGACAGGCUAUGGGAAGUACAAGAACCCUUACCAUAACCAGAUACAUGCAGCUGACGUUACCCAGACGGUCCAUUGCUUCUUGCUCCGCACGGGGAUGGUGCACUGCCUGUCGGAGAUCGAGGUCCUGGCCAUCAUCUUUGCUGCAGCCAUCCACGACUAUGAGCACACCGGCACUACCAACAGCUUCCACAUCCAGACCAAGUCAGAAUGCGCCAUCCUGUACAAUGAUCGCUCCGUGCUGGAGAAUCACCACAUCAGCUCUGUUUUCCGAAUGAUGCAGGACGACGAGAUGAACAUUUUCAUCAACCUCACCAAGGAUGAGUUCGUAGAGCUGCGGGCCCUGGUCAUUGAGAUGGUGUUGGCCACAGACAUGUCCUGCCAUUUCCAGCAAGUGAAGUCCAUGAAGACAGCCUUGCAGCAGCUGGAAAGGAUUGAUAAGUCCAAGGCCCUGUCUCUACUGCUCCAUGCUGCUGACAUCAGCCACCCAACCAAGCAGUGGUCGGUUCACAGCCGCUGGACCAAGGCCCUCAUGGAGGAAUUCUUCCGCCAGGGUGACAAAGAGGCAGAGCUGGGCCUGCCCUUUUCUCCGCUCUGUGACCGCACUUCCACUCUCGUGGCACAGUCCCAGAUUGGUUUCAUUGACUUCAUCGUGGAACCCACGUUCUCUGUGCUGACUGAUGUGGCCGAGAAGAGUGUCCAGCCCAUGGGGGAUGAAGACUCCAAGUCUAAAACCCAGCCCAGCUUCCAGUGGCGCCAGCCUUCUCUGGAUGUGGAAGUGGGAGACCCCAACCCCGACGUGGUCAGCUUCCGCUCUACCUGGACCAAAUACAUUCAGGAGAACAAGCAGAAAUGGAAGGAACGGGCGGCAAGCGGCGUCACCAACCAGAUGUCCAUUGACGAGCUGUCCCCCUGUGAGGAAGAGGCCUCAGCCUCCCCUGGCGACGAUGAGCACAGCCAGAACGGGAAUCUGGACUAGCCGGGGGCUGGCCCAGGUCCUCACCGGGUCCGAAGUGUUCGAUGUCAUCAGCACCAUCCAUCGGGACUGGCUCCCCCAUCUGCUCCAAGGGAGCAUGGACGUCGAGGAACAGACAACCCACCCGAAGGACAAAUGCCAGAGAUUGCGGGAUUGGGGAAAGGGCCUGUCCCCAUCCGACACCCACUGGGGCGCACUUUAAUCUCCCGGCGGCAAGACUGGGGAGCUUCAGGCUCCCAGUGGUCACUGUGUCCAUCCCCCCUGCCUCUGGACUCUCCCUAUGACCAGAUGAUCGGCUGGAGGGGAGCUUCCUGGAGGCUUCCCAGGGCCUGGGGGGGAGGGUUGGAGAUGCCAGCCCCCUGGGUCCUCCCCCAUCCUUUUUGCCUCCAAGUUUCUAAGCAAUACAUUUUGGGGGUUUCCUCAGCCCCCACCCCAGAUCUUAGCUGGCAGGUCUGGGUCCCCCUUUUCCUCCCCUGGGAAGGGCUGGAAUAGGAUAGGAAGCUGGGGGUUUUCAGAGCCCUAUGUGAGGGUAGGGGAGUGGGCUCCUUCAGGGCAUGGUACCUUUCUAGGGCCUGGGAAUGGGGGGCAUCCUCUUUACCCCAGACCUGCACUGCUUCAGUCCCAUCCCCAGCCCAGACCCUGCAAUCUUCCCUCUCUCCCAUUCUGAAAUGGUGACCGGGGGAAGAGGAGCCAUUGCCACCAGGGGCUGAGAGGAGGCCUUUCCUGGGGUCCCCAAGGACUCGGGACUGGUCUAGGCCCCUGGGGCUUGUCACCUGCCCUGGCUGAGUCCUGAACCCUUUGCCUCCUUCCUCUCCCCUGGGGCUGGGAGGCUCCCAUCCGACCAAUGUCUGUAAAGUGCUUUGAAGUCUCCCCAGCAAAGCACCUUCAGGAUACAUCCUAUGAGCACAGGCGGGAGAGCUGGGUUGGGGUCAAGGGCGCAUGGGGAGGGUGAGGUGAAACCCAGUAAUCCUGUGCUGCUGACAGAGAGGGUCCCUCCCCCUCCUAGCCCCGGCCCAAGAGGCCCCUCCCCAGGACAAGUGGGGAGUGGCGGGUGGAAGGCAGACGGGCAGGGGCUCAGGGCUGCUGCUCUCGUGUCCUCUGGAGAGAGCCCAGCCAGGCGCCUGCCCCUUCCUCUCCUCAGGCUCCUCUCACCCCGCUUUGUCCCAGGAAGGGCCCAAGUCCAGGUGACUGCCCUCCUCCUGUCUUGUACCAACCACGCAUUUGUACAGUGGGCCCUGUUCCUGUGAAGUCAUAUCCAUGGUCUCUUAGACCUGCCACCUGCCACUUGUCCCUCCUACCCCACCCUGAGUGCGGCAGAGACGCAUGUGACUCACCCGCGCCCUUGGUCUCCCAGAAUCCUGCUAUAGCCAGAGAUCAAUAAAGAAGGGAGACCUGG